ACAAGUGAAAUCAAAUCGCACAGCGCCAAUCUCCCCAGCUCAUUCGUUCCAUACGAAAAAUGAGGUUAGUUCGCUCAGUACGCGAAGAUACGUGGAGUCGAGCGCACAGGAGCGAACGGCAACUAACAAAAAAAAAGCAAACAAACAACAAAAAAUUGAAGAUAAAUACAAAAUAAAUUUGUAACAACAAAACUAAAGAAAAACAAAAGAAAAAGUUUGGCAGCAACAACAACAUUUAAAACUGGUAAUAAUUAGCAGGUGACCGAAAACAAAAGUUUGGAGGCGUUUGGCGGCCAUGACAGCCAACCCAAUACCGCGAGUCGAGCAACAAGAGUCGGAGGCGGAAUCGCAGCUGAAGCCGAUGCAUGCGGAAACGGCUGAGGCCGAGGCCGAUGUGAAUGGGGCAGCUGAGGCAGCAACGGAUGAGCUAAUUGGCAUUUUCUAUGUGGAGAACCGGCGACGCAAGCAAAACAUCAAAAUUGUGGUCAAGCUCUGUCCAGAGGGCAUCUAUCUACGACGGGAGACGGCACAAAAUGAUCACAUCAAUGAGCAGCUGAUACGCAUCGACGACAUCAUCGGCUCCAGCUGUGGCCAGCGGCUGAAGAAGCGAGCCCGAGGUGGCCUCACCUCGUGCAAAAGCACCAGAAAUCAGCAGCAGGAGCAGCACCAGCACCCAGAUGCCGAGGGUGCAGGAGCAGAGGAGCAGCAGGGAAAGGAAGCCGACAACAGCGCCUACCUCUACAUCUAUGCGUAUCUGAAGAAGGAGAAGCCGCUGCGACGAGGAAAGACGUUGCGCAUCCUACGCUUUCGCACCAGCGACGACUAUGCCGAGAAUCUGGCCACCGCUCGGCUGUGGCAUCGCACCAUACGGGAGCACAAGCAGCGCUCAGGCGCUGCGGGUGAAGUGGCUCGGGCGACGGGCAAAAAGCUGCUGAUUUUGCUGAAUCCCAAGUCGGGAUCGGGCAAGGGACGCGAACUGUUCCAGAAGCAGGUGGCUCCAGUGCUGCGCGAAGCGGAGGUCCAGUACGAUCUGCAGAUCACAACCCAUCCCAACUAUGCGCAGGAAUUUGUACGCUCGCGCAAGGAUCUGAUGGAACGAUAUUCGGGCAUCGUUGUCGCCUCCGGCGACGGCCUCUUCUACGAGGUGCUCAACGGCCUGAUGGGGCGCAUGGACUGGCGUCGUGCCUGCCGUGAGCUGCCCCUGGGCAUCAUACCCUGCGGCUCCGGCAACGGCCUGGCCAAAAGCAUCGCUCAUCAUUGCAACGAGCCGUACGAGCCGAAGCCCAUCCUCCAUGCCACGCUGAUCUGUGUGGCCGGCCGCGCUACGCCCAUGGAUGUGGUGCGUGUCGAGCUCACUCACCGGGACAGACACUAUGUGAUGUACUCGUUCCUCUCCAUUGGCUGGGGCCUCAUUGCCGACAUCGAUAUUGAGAGCGAAAGCCUGCGCUCGAUUGGCGCCCAGCGCUUUACCCUUUGGGCCAUUCGACGGCUCAUCACGCUGCGCUGCUAUCGGGGUAAACUCUACUAUCUGCCGGCAAAGAGCUCCACGGAGCAGCCAGCAGCAGCUCCUGCAGCAGCUCCUGCAGCAGCUCCUGCAGCAGCUCAAUCCACGACAGGGACACCUCAGGAGCAGGCCAAUAGCCAGGCUGAGCCCCAGCCCGCAGACUUCAGCGAAUUCAAAGACCUGCCCGACGACGAGGAUGUGCAGUUGCGCGACAAUCAGUCCGAUCUGGAUCAGUUUGCCGAUGCCCUGUCCCUGGAUCGUUCCAUCUAUCGCCAGAAUGCGGAUAGCUGGCAUUCGGCAGUGUCGAGGCGCACGGCCUACUAUUCGAUUGGGGGCCAGAGCUCGCGCUCCAACCGCAGCCGGCUGAACGUGAGCCAGCGGAUCGAGGCAGCCAAUGCCGAGUUCAAUCAGCUGGUGCCGGUGAGCAAGAUACCCGGACUGCAGAUGCCGCUAUCUGCCGCCGAUGGCUGGCUGCACGAGGAGGGCGAAUUCGUGAUGGUCCAUGCGGCCUACACCACCCACCUGGCCUCCGAUUGCUACUUUGCGCCCGAGUCCCGGCUCAACGAUGGCCUCAUCUACCUGGUGAUCAUACGAGCCGGUGUCGGACGCUCUCAGCUGCUCAACUUUCUGCUGGGCAUGCACAAUGGCACUCAUCUGCCCAUGGAGCCGGAUCCACACAUACAGGUGGUGCCGGUGCGAGCGUUUCGCAUUGAGCCUUGCGGCUCCCAUGGCAUCCUUACCAUCGAUGGGGAGCGCGUGGACUAUGGGCCCAUACAAGCCGAGGUAUUCCCAGGCCUCAUCAAUGUGAUGACCACAACGGGGCAGUGAGCAGGUUUUCAAAGUUCCAGUUAUUAAUUUUACAACAUAUACAUAUAUAUAAAUAUGGUUUAAGACUGUUUUUUUUAAUAGAUAUAUGAAUUUUUUUUUUUUUUUUUUUUUUUUUUUUAUUACUGCUGAAUAUUAUUAGAAAAAGAGAGCACAAAUAUGACACAAGUAAAAGAGGAACCAAGACAAGAAUAUUUUUUGCUAUAUAUCUACGAAUAUCGUAUAUAUUUAGUUAUAGGAGUGUGUAUAUAAUAUUUAGUGUAUAUAUUUACAUAUGUACGAAACAUUGUUUUGUUUUUGAGGCUUCAAUUAACAUUUCAUUUUCAUUAACAGCUUUGAGCUAACAGCUAAAUUGUUUACGUUUUGGUUCAUCGAUUCCUUAGCCUUGGUUUAUUGACUUAUUAUUAUUAAUAUUUGUUUUCCAAUUUUAAAAUUGUAAGCCAAAUCGUUUUUAUUAUAUAUACAAUAAUUCAUUUACUUAUAGAUAUUUUUAACAGCUUUUAAAAUCAAUUAAAAUUUAACAUAUUCAUGUAUUUUGUGUUGUCAAACAAUUAUAGCAGAAUGUUAAUUUUGCGAUAACAUCGGCAAUGUUUAAUAAUAGAACACAAAUACACACGCACCAGAAACUAGUUUAAUUCAGAUAACUGUCCACAGUUACAACUGUUUUCUUUUUGAUUGAUUGUUUUCAAAGGUGUUUGUCAACUAAUAUGAUAAAUAUGGGAUAUAUGCGGGCAUUAAGUAUACAGUCAAUUGAAAUAUUUAUAGAAAUUAUUUAGUGGUAUUUUUUGUUUUGAACUUUUAGCCAAUAAAAACCGAUGAUUAACUGAA